AUGCUCACCUCCCCCUCUCAACCCGUCAAUAAAAUUGACUUUGAUGAGAAGAUGGUGGUCCAACUACCCGAAUGUUCCUUAGCAUGGGCAGAUAGUCUCCAACCUGCCGAUACCAAAGUCACGGGCCCACCGCUAACAGCUUGUCCACCCGUCGUGGAGGUAGCCGAGCUUGAGGAGCUAUACAGCGAGAAUGUUGUCGCCAAGAUUUGGAGAACUGCAGAUUCAUUUAUCAAGGAACAUAUGGCUUACCAUGGAUUAUCAAUGCAGCCAUCUUUCGAUGCGUACCCAGAGCAUGUUCCCGAAUCAGGUCCUGGUGCCGGAACAUACGAGGCAAAGCCAGCCAGAUUUUGGACCUGUGGCUUUUUCCCUUCGAGCUUAUACUGUAUCCUUGAGCGCUACACCAAAUUUCCGAAUCGCACUCCCUUUUCAGCCCUGCCAUCAGACAAUAUUAGCUCCCCGGAUUCGUCCUACCACGCCCAGCUCUUGGGCCUCUGCCGCGCGUGGUCUGCACCACUGCGUGCCCAGGCGUCAAGAACCGAUACUCAUGACUUGGGAUUCAUGAUGCAUUCCCUGCGCAUGGACUGGGAGCUCACCGGCGACCCUUCCAGCCUGAAAGCUUACAUCACAGCUGCCAACAGCCUGGCAAGUCGGUUCGAUGAGCGAGUCGGGGCAAUUCGUAGCUGGGACCAAAUCAAGAGGCUCAACUUCGAGGUACAUGACAAAGAGAACAAUUUCUUGAUAAUUGUGGAUAGCAUGUGCAACAUGGACUUGCUAUUCUACUCCGCCUAUCACAGCCAAACCCCACGUCUCGCUGCCAUCGCUAAAGAGCAUGCCCAAACAGUCAUGGCAACACUCAUUCGCCCGGAUGACUCUACUUGGCACGUAGCCAACCUCGACCAACACGCACCCCAGAAAGGUACCGUUAAGUAUCGCAUGACCCACCAGGGACUCGCAGAUGACUCAACCUGGUCGCGUGGUCAGGCCUGGGUAGUGCUCGGGUUCGCGCAGACCUACAUGUGGACUGGCGAUGUUGAGUUCCUCUCCGCCUGCGUUCGCCUUACCGAACAUUUUCUCGCCCGACUGCGAGACUCUCCUGCCCAGAAGUGCCCUUGGGUACCCCUGUGGGACUUUUCUGACACAAGUGGGGAGGCGGAUUCCACUGGAGACAGGCUGCGGGACGUGUCGGCAGGAAUGAUUGCCGCCAACGGCAUGCUGCUCCUGCACCAGGCGCUGCAGGUACGGAGGGAUAGAGGGAAUAAUGUGAGGUAUGACGGGAGGAGAUACCUGGAUACAGCACUGAACAUCGCGAGCGAUACUAUUCAGUAUGCGUUUGACAAGGGAGACAGCGCGCGACUGGAUGUUGACGAGAAUGGAAAGGUAAAGGUGCCGGCGGGCAGCUGGGACGCAAUAUUGAGACACUCGACGGCCAAUAACAACCCCGAUGCGGUGAUGAGGUACAAAGACCACGGGCUGGUUUAUGCAGACUACUACUUCCUUGAGUUUGGGAACAAAUUGUUGCGCAUGGGGCUUGUAUGA